AUGGACGACGACGGGAUUCCGGAGAGAGAAAGGUUGCAGAUCGAACAGAUUAUGGAGCUCGAAGACGAGGAAUUAGAGGUCGAAGAGGUGGACGACGAGGAAUCUUCGGAUGAUGAUAAUCGUGGUUCAGCAGGAGCUUCUGUAUCUGGUGAUGUAUAUGACACUUCCUUGGUUGCCUUGCAUUCAUAUCUCGGCGAUGUUGAAGAUACUCAGAAUAGGAUAGCAUUUCUGGACGGUGGUGUUGUGCUGACGCUUCCUCUGUUUUGUCUGGAAGGGGUUGUGUUAUUCCCCGACGCAACACUUCCUCUUAGAGUGGUUUUUCCUCAUUUCAUAGCUGGCAUUGAGAGAGCUAUGACACAAGUUGAUGCUCCUUACACAAUUGGUGUGGUUCGUGUUUACAGGGAUUCCAACACUGGCAGAAUAAGGUUUUCAACAACUGGCACGACUGCUGAGAUUCGGCAAUACAGGAAACAGCAAGAUGGCACUGUAAAUAUUGUCACCAGAGGAAAGCAGCGUUUUCGGCUGAGGCGCCGUUGGGUUGAUGUGGAAGGAUCACUAUGUGGGGAGGUCCAUAUCAUUCAAGAAGAUGUUCCUCUAAGAACACCACGAGAAGCUGUUGGUAAACUGGCUCCAUUAAGAAACACCAAAGCAAGAAGUCACCUGCAAGUGACCCCUUCUACUGGUUCUCAGCAUGCCCGUCUGGGCUAUGAGGAAGGAAAUGAUUCUGAUGGGAGUUUUGAAAGUGAACUUUCAUCAGCAGAAAGAGGGCUUCACCGCUACGCUCUUGUCUCUUCUCAUGGUCUGGAUGCGUACGAUGGGACAAUGAGUAGUGACGAUGAGAAAAGUGACUGUCACUUUGAGUUGCAACUGGAAGGAUCUCCAUUGGCCAGCUAUACAAGGUCAAUUCAGUUUGAGCAUGAAAAACAGGAUGCGAAUGAGAGUCAUAGGAGUGGGAAGAGCCCCUUUUUUGUGCAGCAUAGCCACAGGUUAGGAAGGGGAAAGUGCUCUGUGGCCCACCUUCGCGAUGCUCCUAGAGCCUUUUGGCCCAGUUGGGUCUACCGCAUGUACGAUUCUUAUUUACUUGCUCGGAGGGUGGCAGAUAGAUGGAAAGAGGUUGUAAAAGCACCAAGCAUGGAUAGCCUUGUGAUGAAACCAGAUUUCCUUUCAUUUUAUGUGGCUAGUAAAAUUCCGAUAUCUGAAUCAGCGAGGCAAGAACUCUUGGACAUUGAUGGGACAACUUAUAGGUUGCGCAGAGAAAUUGAGUUCCUUGAAAGUUUUGAUAAAUUGCGCUGUAAAACUUGUCAGACUCUCAUUGCGAAGAGAAGCGACAUGUUAGUAAUGUCUAGUGAAGGUCCACUCGGUGCUUAUGCUAACCCACAUGGAUUCGUGCACGAGGUUAUGACUCUCACCAGAACGGAUGGAAUAGCAGUUUCAGGGCCUCCGGUGAAAGAAUUCAGCUGGUUUCCUCGUUAUGCUUGGUCGAUUGCUGAAUGCAUCACGUGCGGGACACAACUGGGUUGGUAUUUUUCAGCCACAAGUAAGAAAUUGAGGCCCCAGGCCUUUUGGGGCAUAAGAAGCUCGCAAGUUGUGGAUGGAACAAUCUAG